CCCUGCGGUCGCGUCCCCGCUGGUCCUGCCGACGUGGCGGGGCGGGACCCGGGGCUCCGGCGCGCACUCGGCCAGCCAAGCGAUAUUAAAAUGUCUGAUGAUGCUCAUGACACCAUAGACAAUGGAGGAGGAGAAGAUGCUGCUGAGAUGCCCAACUCCCCUGCUGAAGAUGCAGAAGUGCAGUGUGGUCCAGCUAUGACUUCAAAUGAGCCAGCACCAGCUGACCACACAGGAGAGCAAUCUGAGGUCUCAGCAGCUGCAUGUGCAGAGGUCACCCCUACAGGGCUUCUAGACCAGUCCAAGGCUAGUGAUGCUGAUGAGACGCCCCUCAAUGGAGAAGUAACUGAAGACACCCUGGUUGAGUGCAUUGAUUCUGUCAGCCUUGAGGGAGACACCGGAUCUGAAAUACCUCUGAAAGAACAGAACGAUGUGGCCGUGGACUCCUCACCACCGGCAGGAAGAUGGGCAGGCUGGGGGUCCUGGGGGAAGUCUCUGCUCUCAUCUGCAUCGGCCACAGUAGGUCACGGAUUAACAGCAGUCAAAGAAAAGGCAGGGGCAACCCUGCGAAUCCACAGUGUCAAUUCUGGAUCUCCCGAAGGGGCCCUAACUGAUGCCGAAAACAGAAUCUCGCAAAAUGUGACUCCAGAUCAGGACCCUGCCGGAGGCCCCCACACUCCUCCUCCACCAGGGACGGCAGGGUCGAGGGGUGUGCUGUCAGCCCUCACCAACGCAGUUCAAAACACAGGCAAAAGCGUCUUAACCGGAGGACUGGAUGCUUUAGAAUUCAUUGGCAAGAAAACCAUGAACGUCCUGGCAGAAAGCGACCCAGGGUUUAAGCGGACCAAGACACUGAUGGAGAGAACUGUUUCCUUGUCCCAGAUGUUGAGAGAGGCCAAGGAGAAGGAGAAGCAGCGGCUGGCGCAGCAGCUCACGGCGGAGAGGACUGCACACUAUGGGAUGCUGUUUGAUGAAUAUCAAGGUUUGUCACACCUGGAAGCCCUGGAGAUUCUGUCCAAUGAGAGCGAGAGCAAGGUUCAGUCAUUUUUAGCAUCACUGGAUGGAGAGAAGCUAGAACUCUUGAAAAAUGACCUAAUUUCUAUCAAAGACAUCUUUGUAGCCAAAGAAUCAGAGAAUGAGGAAAAUCCAGAGGAACAAGGCCUAGAAGAAAGCGGGGAAGAAUUUGCUAGGAUGCUUACAGAGCUCCUGUUUGAAUUACAUGUCGCCGCCACACCUGACAAACUCAAUAAGGCCAUGAAGAAAGCUCAUGACUGGGUUGAAGAGGAUCAAAGCGUGGUGUCAAUAGAUGUGGCCAAAGGGUCCGAGGAGGAAGAGAAGAAAGAAGGAAAGGAAGAGAAAGCUGAGGAAUCUGAAGAAGACAAGGCAGGGGGCAAAGGAGCUAAGACUGUAGAGGAGGUGUACAUGUUAUCCAUUGAAAGUCUGGCUGAGGUCACUGCACGCUGCAUCGAGCAACUCCAUAAAGUUGCAGAGUUAAUUCUCCAUGGACAAGAAGAGGAAAAACCAGCUCAAGACCAAGCAAAAGUUCUGAUAAGAUUAACCACGGCAAUGUGCAAUGAAGUAGCCUCCCUAUCGAAGAAAUUUACAAAUGUUUUAACCACUGUUGGGAGCAACAAGAAGGCUGAAGUCCUUAACCCCAUGAUCGAUAGCGUGCUUUUAGAGGGCUCCAAUAGCACCAUAUAUGUCCAGGACGCCCUCCAGCUGCUGCUCCCGGUACUGCAGGUCUCCCACAUCCACACCAGCUGUUCAAAAGCUACAGCCCAGCCAGAUUCCAGCUAGUUCAGUGGCGGGCUACAUCUCUUCACUACAUACCAUUUAAAGGCAACGGACUUCUACGUCACUGGCCAGACCACCCAUCUGAGGAUACUACAAGCAACUUUUGCACAGUUUUGAAAAUACAGAGAGUUAGCAUUUCUCUUAACAUAUACUCUUUUAUCAAUAAUUGUUUUCUUUAAGUUAACUUAAACGUGUACUUGUUAUAUUGAAGUUUUCCUUUAAUUUGCAGUUCAUUCACAAAUAUAUCUGUUUUCCUGGUCAACCAGACGAUAUUUAGAAAUCCAUAGGGAGACCCUAGAUUUUUGUUUGGCUUUGAAAUGUCUGCCUUUCUGUGCCCUAUUUUUUUCUAAAACGUGGACUUAAGUAAGUUCUUCUACUGAACUUCAUUUUGUUGCAUAAAUGUCGUAAACAAAAAUAACACUACUUAUUUGGUUUAAAAAGGGACAUAAAUAUCUUUUUUUAGUCAUUCAUUUUGUGACAAGAAUUAUUGAACAUCUACUAUGUGUUUACCGUAAAGGAAUAUAAUACCACUCCAAAAGAGAUGUGUUCUUCAAGAUGGCUUAUAAUAACCAUUAGCAUACUUUAAGAUACUACGUAAGAGGUCUCUAAAGCUUAAAGUGCUUGAAGAACCAAGUAAAUGGGUAGUUGUUUGAAAUGUGUAACCCUUCAAUGAAUUAUAAUUUUCAACCUCUUUUUUUUAAAGACCAGAUUACCUCUGGGGUAAAAAUAUGUUUGAAAGGGGGUAUAAAGGAGUAUUUAUUUUUGAGAUGGGAUCUCACUAUGUAGCCUUGGCCUGCCUGGAACACUCGAAGAUCUGCCUGCCUCGGCCUCCCAAGUACUAGGAUCAAAGGUGUGCACAACUACACCUGCCUGGCUUGAAGACAUAUUUUAGUUUAGGGUAUAUUACAAAGCUGAGGAGCAUGUCAAUAGAAAACUAAAGGCAUUUUAGCCAAGUAGAAAUCCCUGCAUUUCAAAAAUGCCCACUAACCCGAUCGGUCACAUGCACGGUGCUGGCAAAAGGUGGAAAGUUGUAAGUUGGCCAAGUGGGGUAUUGAUCCAAGGAGAUGCUUCGAAGGCCUUGCAGGCAGCAGUGGUACUGAUGCUGGGCUCUCCUGAGACACAGCAUCCUAACAGGCUGAGAGUCUCUGGCAGGCUUCUGUCUGAGACCAUCAAUGACGGUUCCUACCAGCGUGUCCAAAAUAGUCCCACCCAGAGGCUCAUCCCAGGGCAAAUGAUGCCUGUAGUCUGGAAAGGGAGAACGUCCUCCUUUGUGUUUGCUUUGUCCCUGUGGUAGAAGCAGCUGCCCCUGUCCGCUAUGGGCCACGUAGACAUUUGAAUCUCUCAGUAGCAUUUCUGUGUGUCUGUGUUUUGUUUUUCAGCUGUGUGUCUCCUGAAAUGACCAAAUAAAAACACAAGGACAAUUUAUUUGCAACCUAGAAAAAUAAAAUUCUCUUAAAAAAC